AUGGCCAUCACUAUGGGCACUACCCGGUCUACCCUCAUCAGAGCCACCAAUAUAGAAAGAGGUCUGCCGAUCCUUACCCUCAUGCUGAGCCUUCUGACGACUACCAUGGCUAUCCUCAUCCAGUCUACCACAAACCCUCCCUAUUACUAUGGUAAUUGUGCUCUUAGCGCUGCCGAGAUAGAGAAGCGAGAUGCAGAGCCAGUUUAUGGCUCCUAUCGUCCCACCUAUGGCUAUGGCUACGGUCACACUUAUGGGACGCAUCCCCACAACAAGAGGUCUGUGUAUCCACAGCCAGAGCCUGAGGCUUCCUACCCUUCCAGACACUACCCAGUGUACCCUCCUCAUGGUCACCAAUACGGAAAGAGGUCUGCUGAUCCUGAACGUUUUCCUUAUCCUUAUGCUGAGCAUUCCUAUGGAAAUGGUUACGAUGGCUAUCCUCGUCCAGCCUACCACCACCCUCCCUAUUACCACGGUUAA